CCACGUGACGCGCCCGGCGAUGGCUGCUUGGCGGGGAGGGAGUCCUUGAGCAGCGCAGCGGCACCGGCACGCUUUCUCGGACGCGCCAUAGGCCGCCUCGUCAGCCCCGUCCUCAGCCUUGGGGUCCUCCUUGUCUCACUCUCCUAUCCACCCCGUCUUCCACCCCUUUUUGCAACGUCGUCUUUGCAGCAGCAGCUACAGCUUCGAUGGAUGGACCGUUCCUGCCACCCUUGGAUGUUCCGCUAUGUUUCUGAUUCGCAGCUUAACUGAACUCCCACAUCCGGCCGGUCUUCGAUCUCAGCCUCUCUCAUGGGCUCCCCAGUAUCAUUUGUUUUAUCCAGGAUGGCUGCUUGUGGAGGCACCACUAAAAAUAGGCUCACGGUAAAUAAGCACGUCUGGGACUUCCUGACCAAGGAAAGUCCUGCCAAGCUGGUCAAGUUGAAGGAGGAGAAUAAAGUCAGUGUCUUGAUUGACGGUGAGACUUCUGAGAUCUACGUGCUGCAGAUUACCAUGCCUGCCCAUGGACCAAGCAAUGGCCUCUACCUGGCCCGUAAGGCUCUCAAGGCACUGCUCAAGGAAACGGAGAAGGAAUUGAAGAAGGCUCAGCGCCAGAGCGAGCUGAUGGGCUGCAUGGCCUUGAUGGAGAAGAGCCGGGAACAUGGGGCUGUGGAGCUCCACCGUCGAGGAGCUGCCUUGAUAUCCCGAGGUCAGCAGACCUCUGGGCCAAGAGUUGUCAGUGGCAGUGGAGGGAUGGCCAGCUGCUCGAGGGGAGGGGAGGAGGAACAGGACAGCCAGUGCCCCAUCUGUUUGGGGGAGAUCCAGAACAUUAAGACUUUGGAGAAAUGCAAGCACUCCUUCUGUGAGGACUGCAUCACCCGGGCCUUGCAGGUCAAGAAAGCCUGCCCAAUGUGUGGCCGCUUCUAUGGGCAGCUGGUAGGGAACCAGCCAGAGAAUGGACGCAUGCUGGUCUCCAAGGACACAAGUCUCCUGCUUCCUGGUUAUGAGAAAUAUGGCACCAUCAUAAUCCAGUAUGUCUUCCCACCUGGCAUACAAGGAGUGGAGCAUCCCAAUCCUGGCGUCCGCUACCCAGGCACCACCCGUGUGGCUUACCUGCCUGACUGCCCCGAAGGCAACAAAGUGCUGGCGCUCUUCCGCAAGGCCUUUGAUCAACGGCUCACCUUCACUAUUGGUACCUCCAUGACCACAGGGCGAGCCAACGUCAUCACCUGGAAUGACAUCCAUCACAAAACCAACUGCACUGGGGGACCCCAGCUGUUUGGCUAUCCAGAUCCUACAUAUCUUGCUCGGGUACAAGAGGAACUACGGGCCAAGGGUAUCACCAAUGACUGAUAUUGUUCUCUGUUGCCACGUGCCCAGGAAUGGCUUCUUGUUAUUGCCGAACUCCGCUAUUAUGGAGGGAGCCCCAUCAUCUGUCAGAGCCGACUAUCUCCAUCCUGUGAUCUUAAUCCAGAGUACAAAACUUAAGCUUUUGGGCUGAAAUUGACAUUUCAUAUGUAAUUGGUUGCUUGAGGAACUGGGGAACAAAGACAUGAGGUAUGAGUGAGUGAGCAUAAAAGAGAGAUGAUGGAAUGUAGGACUCAUUCAUAAUGGUUGAAUCAAGAGGGUCAUCAUUCUGAAUGAUUCACUUUUGAAAAAACAAAAAAAUAGCCUCUCCCUGCAUUGAGUAACAAACAUAUCACAGAAACCUCUACUGAGCCUGUCUUUUUAAUGUGCUAGUUUACUUCAUGCAGAGGAAGUUUUUUCUGUUUUACCUGAGUGAUAAAUAUAUGUUUAUAUAUGCACCAGGUUUUAAAAUCUGAAGCUACAAAGUCCUGAAUUCAACCACCUCAUCUAAUAUUACAAUACCUUGGCUCUUGGAGAUAAAAAUAGAUGUGAUCAAGUGGUAGUUCCAUGGGGUGAUUUCAUUUUUUCCCCUGUUUUUAAUAUGAAGCAGGACAUGCUGCUUAGGGGAGCAAAACCUUUCCUCCUCCCCAGUUUAUCUCCCCACGUUCUACUCUUUCAGACAGUUUUCUCUCAACCAAAGUUACUUCUGCUGGAGCUAAGCUGUGGAUUGCGAGGGCAUUUGGAACUCCUCACUCCAGUACUCCUUUGGUAUUAAAAUUUAGCUGUCCCUAUGAGCGCUUCUAUGAUGUUUGCCUUAAUGGGCUAGGUCUAAGUGAGUGACCAACUGCCCAUGUGCUGAAGAGCCAAGCAUGUAGAAAAGGUGAGUGGGAAAUAGAGGAAGGGAAUUCUGAUACAUCUCUGGAAGAGAUUAGAUCUAGGCUCAAAACUCCAGCCGUGAGACCCUUUUGCAUCUAUUGGACCACACUGGUGCUCUUGUUUCAUGCUUUAAGCAGGAGGGAGGGAGGGUGGGUUCAUAUUCUGCUCUUGAUGCCCAAAUGUGUUGAAACCCAGUGGGCCCUUUUAUGCCAGUUCCUUCUUAACCUCAGGCUCCCUUGAUCCUUUUUUCAAAGUACUAACCACUUUGGGAAUGGGACUGUUAGAAAUGGAAUAAAAUUUAGCACACAACACCCGCAGAAUGGCAUCAUUGGUAGUAGCAUGUGAAAGGGGAGGGGGUCAAAAGCAGUUGUAGCAGCACAAUUGAAGCCCCACCCCUUUGCAUGUGACAUUGCCACAUGUACCAAAGGGGUGGGGCUUCAGUUGCACUGCUGCAACUGCCAUUCUGCCUCUUUUGACUGCCCCCCCCCCAUGCCACUGAUCAUUGGAGCCCAGAGUGUACAGUGUCUAGGGUAACUUCAAGGGGAUGGGAAAUAGGGCCGUAAAUAGGAUGUUUAUGUGAUUUGGGAUGGGACAAGAGUGACUGAAGAGCGUAGGUACUGAAGCCUGAGGCAGGACUUGGACUUUGUACACAGUUCCUUACUUGGUGUUCAGAUGUGCACCUACCCCCAACCUUUGCUGGUGACUUGAGGGGCCCAGGCAUUUCUGCCUCGCUCACGCACUCCUGUGCUAUUUUUCUUCAGGAUCUGUUAUCAAGGCCAACUUGGUUGAACUUUCUUGAAACAUGGGACAUACCGGCUAAAAUAAACAAGAAGCUUCUUGAUUCUGGACACAGACCACAAUCCAAGCGUCCUCUUUGGAGAGAAUGAUCAGCCACCCCACGGACCACCCCUUGUAUUCAUAAGCUUCUCUGCUGACAUAUCAACUCUCCUGUAAUUAUUCCAGCCAAGUGUUCACUUGGGACAACUUGUGUCACUGGGAACUUAGCCAGGCCUUCUCUUAAAUCUCUGGCGGGUCUGUAUGCUCCUGCCUCUGACACCUACCUGUUGUUGAGUGUUUUGGGGAGGGGGAGGGAGGGAAAUGUCUCUUGGCUAACUGUAAGCGUGUCUCCUCUGGCAGAGAUGACUUCUAAUACUCAGUUUGUCUUGUAUUGGUGAGAGCUUCCCUUGAACACACAGUUUGGACAACGGGGCUUUCUUUGCUGUUUUAAAAAAGAGUAACUGAACAUGU